AUGGAACGGCUUGUAAGUGCUGCAGUGCUAGUGCUCUGGUUGGGGGUGAUCGUGCUGAAAUGCCAAUCGACGCUGGCUGUUGGGAAACUGUGCUACGAAGAGGAAAAAGUGCCCAAGUUGGUAGCAAACACAACACCGCUCAUGCUUUAUGGUGAAACCUCUUACUAUUGCAUGUUCACCGAGUACUCGAUCCGUGUUCCGGUGCUAACGGAUCAAGUAAACUGUUCUCUUAAUUACGAGGUUCAGAAGAAGCCCACAUGCUGCGAAGGAUAUCAUUCGGUUGGUUCCGAGUGUCUGCCCACGUGUCGAUUGAAAUGCAUCUUCGGUGAAUGUAUUGCACCGGAUACGUGCGAGUGCUACAGCGGUUACCAGAGUGUAGGCGACCAUCGGUGUGAACCGGUCUGCGAGACGCCCUGUGAGAAUGGCCAAUGUGUAGCACCAAACGUGUGUCUCUGCGAAGAAGGGUACGAGCGCGAUGGCAGUACCGGGUUGUGUCGCCGGAAGUGCGACCGGGCGUGCAGAUUCGGACGCUGCGUCGAUGAUAUCUGCCAGUGUGAUGAAGGCUACCGUCCGGAUCCGGCCGAUGGGAAUGUCUGUGUACCGCAGUGUGACGAACAAUGCCAGCACGGAACGUGCAUUUUACCGAACGUUUGCCAGUGUGAGGCUGGAUACGCACCGUCCAUCGAUUCCAAAUUUAUCUGCUUGCCUGUUUGUGCGGAUGGAUGCUACAACGGGAAAUGCGUCGGUCCAAAUGAAUGCGCUUGCCACGAGGGCUACGAGCUGGAUGAAGAGAACCGAUGUGUUCCUAUAUGUGCGCAGCCGUGCCCCGGUGGCCAGUGUGUAGCACCUGGGCGAUGCAGUUGCCCCGAGGGCUUCAGUCCCAGCGAAGAGCAUGGGUUCGCCUGUGUGCCAACCUGUGCGGAACCUUGCCAGAAUGGCGAUUGUGUAGCGAUUGAUACCUGCCUGUGCCACAGGAACUAUCGCGUGCGCAAUGAGAGCACACCACACAUCUGCGAACCGGAAUGCCCUGCCGGAUGUGGAAAUGGCCAGUGUAUCGGACCGGGGGUAUGCCAGUGUACCGAAGGGUUCCGCUACAACGAAACCAUCGGUAUCUGUCAGCCGCACUGUUCGGAACCGUGUAGGAAUGGAGUAUGCAUCGGUGGCAACCAGUGCCAGUGCUACGAAGGUUAUCAGCUGGAUCCGAGGACAUCGGGCACCUGUGUACCAGAGUGCCCGAAGCCGUGUGUCCACGGGUUGUGUGUCUCACCAGGCGUCUGCGAGUGUAAAAAAGGUUACGUGAAGAGCGAAAACAGCCGGAACGUGUGCGAGCCCAAGUGCUCCAAUGGUUGCUCCAAUGGUCGCUGCGUUGCUCCGGAUCACUGCGAGUGCCACAAAGGCUACUUCGCUACUACCAACUCAAUAAACUCGAAAGCCUCCAUCUGCACACCGUACUGUCGCAACAAGUGCGUCAACGCGUACUGCAUUCGGCCGAACGUGUGCCAAUGUUUGGCCGGCCACCGGUUUGCCGAGAACAGUACCAACGUGUGCGAACCGAUCUGUGAUGAGCAGGUCGUGGAUUGUAGCCACGGGCGCUGCACGCAGCCUAAUGUUUGCGAGUGUGGCGAUGGCUAUACGCUCGGUAUCCGCCAGGGCAAGAUGAUCUGUGAACCGGUGGCGUGCGGUGAACGGUGUGUCAAUGGGUACUGCGUCGAGGAAGGGCGCUGCGAGUGUCAUCCAGGAUAUAGACGGUCGGACCAUUUCGAGACCAUCUGCGAACCGGUCUGUUCGGGUGGUUGCCAGAACGGGGUUUGCAUUGCACCGAAUCGGUGCGUCUGCCUGGAAGGAUAUCAGCACGAUCCGGAAACGGGUCGUUGCGAGCCGGUCUGUGAUCCACAGGUGGUCGAUUGCCAAAAUGGCGAAUGUUUCGGACCCGAUCGCUGUCAGUGUCACGAUGGGUACUACCUACAUCUGCCAGGAAACGGUGAACCUCGGCAGUGUUUAGCGGACUGCAAAGGUGGAUGCAACAAUGGGCGUUGCGUGGGACCGGGCCGGUGUCUGUGCCAGGAUGGGUAUGAGUAUAGCUCGGAGACAAAUCACUGCGAACCGAUUUGCAACUCAGAGUGCAUUCAUGGUGACUGUGUCGAACCGAACAUCUGCCGCUGCCACGAAGGAUAUUAUCAGGACGAAAGCGAAUCCGAAGAAAUGGUGAUGGGACACCAAUGUGUUCCCGACUGUAAUCCAAAUAUCGUCGACUGCACUUACGGUAUCUGUGGAGCUCCGAACUUUUGCCGUUGUUUCGAUGGUUACUAUCCAACGCUGGACAACGAGACAGGGAUACAGACGUGCGAAUUACUACCAGAACCGGUCGAUUGUAGUAAAGAUAUAAUUAUCUACGAGGUUGAGAACCAGACGAAGGAGUGUGUUUGUGAGGAGAAGGCCGCGUGUCCCAUCCUUAGCUGUCCGGUAAUUCGCUCACCGGAACCACCUGCAUGCAACGUCACCUGUCCUCCAUCGCCACCUCCACCAACACCAUGUCCGCCGGUCGUCUGUCCUACUGUUCCACCAACGAAACCUACCACAGCCAGAAGUCCACCAGCAACGUGCCCAACGGCACCACCCUGUCCGGAGAAAAUCUGUCCAACACCGGCACCACUCGUUUGCCCAACAACUCCCGAACCACCACCAGUGGAUGAACCUGUUGUGUGCGAUGAGCUGUACGUGAAUUGUGCGAACGGAGAUUGCAUCGAGAACAAUGUUUGCGCCUGUCACUAUGGUUAUCAGCUUGCGGUCACUCCGGAAUCGAUUGUCUACUGCCGUCCGGUGUGUAGUGAAGACUGUACGAACGGUAUCUGUACCGAGCCGGAAGUGUGCGUCUGUUUGCCGGGCUACACCGAAACGUUCGAUGGCCGAUGUGAGGCUUACUGUGAUGAGACGUGCCCAACCGGAGCCUACUGUGCCGAACCGAACGUCUGCCGCUGUAUGGAAGGAUACACGGAGGACUUGGAGGGCGUGUGCCAUCGGGACUGUCAACCUGAUUGCAUCGAUGGCACCUGUCUCGAUGGGCGCUGCUACUGUGACGAUGGAUUCGUGCUGCGCAACGACCACAUCUGUCUAGCGGCCAUCGAGCGAACACAUGAAGCGAACCGCAUCUUGCAGCGCCUCUCCGAAGAUGACGAUGUGUACGAUGAUGAAUGGGCGGAUGGACAGGAUCACACCGAACCGCAGCAGGAUUGUAAUGAAGGGUUUCGCUACGUUCCGGAAACUCGAGAAUGUAUCUGUGACUCGGGAGUAAUCACCUCGGAGCGAGCUUGUGUAGUUUUACCAUCGGGUGAGAGUGUCGAGCUGCUCGAUCAGAGUACCGAUUUGGGGAGUACUGAGCCAGUAACGGGGUUUAUGGAUGAUUCCGGUAGCACUAUCCCGCAUGCUAGCGUGAUAACAUUGAUUGCUAUAUCUUAUUUGCUGCAUCGUAUGCUCCAGUACCGGUACUAA